CUAUGAAUAUGCUUGAUGCCCGGCAGCAGCAACAACGCUAUACAUCCUGCCAGUGCAGGUAAACAUAUUGUGAUAAUAACUUGAGCACGUCGGAUCUCACAAAUGUUGAAGGCGGGAUCCACGGCGGACACGGACAGGGAGGAAGUGACGCCAUUCCCAGUUCCUCCAAUGCUUCCAAGCAUCCCUUAAGUUCGAUUGCGAGUUGGCUUGUUACAUACUUCUCACUACCUAUCCAGAAGCAUACCGUAUUCGAAUACGGUGCACAUCUUUUCAGUUCGUUUGUCUUCGUGCUUCCCUACCUGAGCCUACACUACUUGGAGCGAGGCUGUUCCGUGACCGUCUGGUCUAGCCGUCUCUCUCUCAUUUCGAUCUUAUCUUCGUAGACCAUGAAUACCUGUCAACCAAUCGCCAUCUUUCCUUUUCGCAUGCCUACUACACUAUGUACAUACGUAUCUUCUUUCAGGAACUUGGUGUAAGUUUCCCGUCCCAUUACUAUCAAUGUUACCGUUUGGGGGGCUUUAUCGUCGACACUAUCUACCCAUUACAGUACAUGUACAUGGUGUACCCAGCUGCGUUGGCGUCGUUUCGUUUUCGGUCUUUUGGGCGUUGGCAUAUGGCAAUGGCAAUUGGCCGGACACCCGGAUCAUCAAUCACCAAGCGGCGGCUCUUUUCGUUUCGUCUUUUUCGGUGAUGUCGGGGAUUGUAUUGUUUACUCCGCUCGGUUCUCCGCCCACAAAGUCCGUUCGUUCCCGUCGUUCUUACGCUCGACGCUUGUCCCGGCCGGGUGUUUCGGAACCAGUCGGGUAAUCCCUCGCUCGUUGACGGUGAAAGUUUUUCUCCACAAGAUGGGGGUUUGAACCCCCCUCAUCCAUUGCCAUCCAUUCUGCCACUUUUUGUCUUUUGUGCCAAAAAUGUCAGGUGUGUUGGGGAUUACAUAUUCUAGGGAACUGCCCGGCGAAGUGAUGAAAAGUAUCGUGAUACCUACAGACGCUACCCCGUUCUCGGGUAUCAGUGCAGUGCAACUGUCCACUUAAUAUGGCGGCCUAUCAGCCGCAUCAAGUUGUUGAGAUAAGAUGAAAGUGCAG